AUGAACGUUAGUAUAGUUUCUGUGAUAUUAUGGAUCAACGCGGAAGCGAAACCCAAAUAUGGCUGUUUAAUUGCGAACAAGAAAAAUAAUGCACUGAAAAUUGAAAGAAAAAUCACAUUCUCGUUGGGGUCAGAGUCAUUGAAGCAUUGUGGGUUUGCAGUGAAAUAUGAGGAUGGUGUGACGAGACGUUUGAUGUGCCGAUGGACCGUAUCGCAUGUAUCCGCUCAGCUCGCCAACGUUCAGAUGCAUUUGUUCGGUGAUAGCAGUCGUCCGAUGAGUGAUAAAUUCAUCACGAAAAAUAACGAUGACACGUUCUUCGUUGGUCUCGAUCGCCUCUCAUACAUUCGUGAAUCUAUGCCACAGGUUUGUUUUGUUGUUGUUCAUUAG